UCCCGUCACGUGAUGGGGGGGGGGAAUGUGUGCUGCGGCCGCCAUUUUGCUGGAAGGGGAGGCGCGUUUUACUUUCAGGCUCCAUUACCUAACCUGGCGGUAUCGCGGCUCUCAGCCUCUUCCGAUCUCAGCCUUCCCCAACCUACAGGACUUUUCCUUUUGCGCUCUGAUUCUAGGACCUUCUCCACGACUAAGCCAUUCUCCCUGCCAGGUGCCCUUUUGAUCUCCUGACCUCUGAUUCAAAGGUCAGCUCCAAAGUUCGGAACUAGGGCCUGGGAUGUGAGGGGUUACAGAGCCUAAAUUCCCUGGUCUUUAGCCCUCGGCCCCCCAGAUCCCACCCUUUAGGCACCCCACCCCAGAUCCGAGCCUUCAUUUUCCCAAAACUGACUCCGGAGUUUCCAAACCUCGGCCCGGAUAAUAGAGUAACUUAAGUUCCUCUCCUGGAGCCUUGCAACCCAGCCCCAAACCACAAAUCUAGUUCCGGCUGAAGGACCCGCCCUGUUAACUCCCUGCUUCCAUGGUUCCAGAUGUCAGUCCUGGUCCUUUCAGGCCCACUACUUAGCACACAAGUUCUGGAACUCCGCGCUAAAACCUUCGGAACGUCCAUCCCCGCGACCAACUCAUUUUAGAGCAUUCUUGACCUUCCAGCACUUGCAUGCCAUAGACCCCAAAAUGAUUUCUUCUUGCUCUCCUCCCGUCGAGCCCCCAGCCCCUCCACAAACCCCUGUUCCCCAAGUCCCCAUCACUCCAGUUCCUCCACCCCCAAACAUCCCCAAUUUAGCUUUUCCACCUCCCUCAAGUCUCCAGGCCCCUAUUCCCCCACCCCCACCGCCGCCUCCACCUCCUGUCAGGGGACUGGCUCCCCCUCAUGUGUUCGGCCUAGAGAAGAGCCAGCUCCUGAAGGAGGCCUUGGAGAAGGCCGGCCCAGUCCCCAGGAGCAGAGAUGAUGUGAAGAGACUCCUGAAGCUGCACAAGGACCGUUUCAGAAGUGACUUGCAGUGGAUCCUCUUCUGUGCCGACCUGCCCUCCCUCAUCCAGGAAGGCCCUCAGUGUGGGCUGGUGGCCUUGUGGAUGGCAGGCACGCUCCUGGCACCACCCAGCGGCGUCCCCCUGGAGAGACUGGUGCAGAUGGCCAUGGAGAGAGGCUACACAGCCCAGGGAGAGAUGUUCUCUGUGGCCGACAUGGGCAAGCUGGCCCGGGAGGCACUGGGCUGCCAGGCUGAGCAGCUCUGCGGUGGCCUGGGCGGUCCCAACAGAACCCGUGUCCUGCAGCACCUUGUCUCCGGACAUCCCCUGCUCAUCCCCUACGACGAGGACUUCAACCACGAGCCGUGUCAGAGGAAGGGUUACAAGGCCCACUGGGCCGUGAGCACAGACCGCAGGAAACCACUGGGUGAUGAUGCCUGCUCGGUUGAACGCCACCUCCCCCCCUUUGCUACCAGCUGUAGAAGCCAGGAUCUAAAAGCCUGUAGCCUUCAAGCCGGACACCCUGGGUCCAGUCCCAGCCCAGCCGUAUGCCCCGCCGACUGCUCCGUGACACGGCAUGGAGGCAGCACCCACACCUACCCCGAAGGGCAGCACCAAGUCAAGGCUCACUCCCGCUCACAGCCUCCCCUCUCCUCGCAGGGGUCCUGCUGGGUGUGCAGGCUGUGCCAAGCCUCGGCUACUCCGAGGACCCCGAGCUGCCAGGGCAAGAGUUGGCAUUACCAGCUGUGGGACUACAACCAGGUCCGGGACAGCAACCUACAGCUGACAGAUUUCUCACCCUCACGGGCCACCGACGGCCGGGCGUACGUGGUGCCUGCUGGCGGAGUGCGGGCCGGCCUCUGUGGCCAGGCCCUGCUCCUCAGGCCACGGGACUCCAGCCACUAGCCUGCGGCAGCCCUGAGCCACGCUGAGAGGGCCCUGGCCACAGCUUGGCUCUGUCACCAUGAGAAGAGUGCUUGUUUCUCCGUUCACAAGAGCCCGCAGGUGUGGGCUGUGUUCCCGAGGACCUUCAGCCAGAGAUCCUCCAUGAGGAGUCCCCCUCCUGCCCCAGUCCUUGGGUCCCAAUCCCCUUCUCCCACGCCCACCCCCCUGUAUUGGGCUCCUGAUGUGUGGCUGGGGUUCAAGCCAGGAGCCAGCCAGCCAAGCUCCCUCUCCAGGGAAGAUACUUGACCGCAGCUCAACCCACAGGCCCUGUCUGCCCGACCUGAAUGUUGGAGCCAGCCAUUUCUCACUGGUGACCAGCCUCUUCUAAAGCACCCUCCUCUCUCUCUGGACACGUGCAGGAGCCUCCUCACUGGACCGCUAGCUGCCCCCCAGCGUCUGUUCCCAUGGAGCCUAGGAAGCCUUGCCUUUCAAAAUGCAACCCAGGUCUUAACCACUCGCCUCCAGAGAAGCUUCCAGCAGAUCGUGGUUGCUCACAGAAUAGGGAUUAAACUCUCCCAGCCCCAGCUCAUCAUGCUUUCUGCCACCAGCCACACCGGCCUUCCAGGUCGCUAGAGUGUCCUGUCCCCCUGCACCCAAGCCUCUGCUAAGGGUAACUCUUUAAUUCUCUGUUUUGGCUCAGAAGACUCCCUAGCCCCAGGUACGGCCCCUCCCCCACCAUGUGUUCUGAUUUAGGAAUGGACCAAAAGUGCUUCUGUGUGCCAACCCCUUUGCCCAGUUUAACUCAGCAAAUUCUCUAACCACGUAAGGAAGGUACUAGAUCUUCCUCCAUUUUACAGGUGGAGAGACUGAGGCCUGGAGAAGUGCCGUCAUUGGCCUGAGGUCACAUGGCCGGCAAGUGGCAGGGCCAGGAUUCCAGCCCGGCAGUUAGUAGCUAUACAUUGGGGGUGGAGAAAGAGGUUAUUGAUUGAAUGAAGACCUGUUGCUUCCAUUCUGAAAGGGGAGGAACAAGUCUGUCUUGGUCCCUGGUGUAGCCAGUGCCCGGCAAAGGGUCUUACUUAGAGCAGCUGUACAGUGUGGUCCGAGGAGGAGUGCCCCUGCUCUCACCCCUGUGCCAGAGCACCCCAGCCCUGCCCCCCUGGUUGGUGCUGUCUGGUGCACUGUCCUGGGAGGACCUGAGGGUGCAGCUGGGAGCUGUCUCGGUCACUCGUCUGUUCCCUACAUUGUCCAACACAGAGCCAGGCACAAGAGCAGCAGCUGGGUGAAUGCUGAGUGAAGCGGCCUCCUGUGCACCCCAAACUGUUCAUGAUCCCACCCAGCACUAACGGUGAAACUAACGGUGAAACUGGGAGCUUUGAGCCCACACACCCUAGAUGCAAAAUAAAAAAUCCACAAAGUUGA